AUGUCAGUGGUCACAAGUAAUUUGCAUAGAUAUAAUAAUAGGAGAUCAUCAACAAGAUGGUGGAAGAAAAUUUUGGACGUGGAAGAGGCCAAAAUUCAAGCCUUAUUUUCGCUUCCAAUGAUCGUUACCAAUGUUUUUUACUACGCCAUUACUUUGGUUUCUGUUAUGUUUGCUGGCCAUCUCGGCCAACUUGAACUCGCCGGAGCCACUCUCGCAAAUUCCUGGGCCACUGUCACCGGCUUCGCUCUUAUGGCAGGAUUAAGUGGAGCACUGGAAACACUUUGCGGCCAGGGAUUCGGUGCUAGACAUUACAGCUUGUUGGGAAUAUAUUUACAAUCAUCUUGCAUUAUAUCAUUCUUCUUUUCCGCUAUAGUAUCUAUUGUCUGGUUCUAUUCUGAACCUAUUCUUAUUAUCCUUCAUCAAGAUUCCCAUAUUUCAAAACAAGCCGCUCUCUACGUAAGAUAUCUCAUUCCGGGUCUGUUUGCAUAUGGCUUUCUACAGAACAUUUUAAAGUUUCUUCAAGCACAAUCCGUUGUGAAGCCAUUGGUGUUGUUCUCAGCUCUUACGCUGGCCAUUCAUUUUGGUAUUGCAUAUGCUUUUAUACAUUGGACACCCCUUGGUUUCAAGGGAGCUUCACUGGCAGCUUCAGUUUCGCUAUGGAUUUCCACUGUUUUGUUGGCAAUAUAUGUCUUUUGUGCUAAGAAAUUUGAGCGUACAUGGGAAGGAUUUUCUUUUUUAUCAUUCAGUUACAUCUUCACAAACUUAAAACUAGCCUUACCUUCUGCUGCUAUGGUAUGCUUGGAGUUCUGGGCCUUUGAGAUUCUUGUGUUCUUAGCUGGAUUGAUGCCAAACUCUGAACUAACUACAUCGUUGAUAGCAAUAUGUAUGAAUACAGAAGAUAUUUCCUAUAUGAUUACAUAUAGCCUUAGUGCUACUGCAAGCACAAGGGUGUCAAAUGAGUUGGGAGCAGGAAAUAACGAUCGGGCCAAGAAUGCGAUGGCUGUGACUCUCAAGCUCUCAGUUCUACUUGCACUUAUACUUAUUAUUGUUCUAGCUUUUGGUCAUAAAAUUUGGGCUAGUUUCUUCACUGACAUCCCUGAAAUGAUAAAGCAAUUCACUUCUUUGACACCCUUUCUUGCAAUCUCAAUCAUGUUAGACUCUGUGCAAGGUGUCUUAUCAGGGGUAGCAAGAGGAUGCGGUUGGCAACACUUGGCUGUGUGUGCUAACUUGGCAACAUUCUAUUUCAUUGGGAUGCCAAUAGUAGGAAUUCUGGGAUUUAAGUUGAAGCUGCAUGCUAAGGGUUUGUGGAUUGGCUUGAUUUGUGGUCUCACCACCCAAGCCAGCACCCUUUUAUUAAUAACGCUGUGUCGAAACUGGACUAAUAUAGGUGUCCCUGUGAUUAGAGAAAAUGAAAUCCCAAAUAUUAUUGAACCAAAUGAACUUCUAUAUGCAAGGCAAGAAGAGAGCUAAGCGAAGACACAUGCACAUAAUUACACAAUGAAGUUUUUUUCCAAACUUGAGAAAAAAUUCUAAUUGACAGACACAGAAAAAUUGUGGAUACUUACCAUAUACCAUUGAGGCAGCAGAGAGUGUGGGUAGUUUAAAGUUUGUGAAGAUGCAACUGAAUGAUUCAAGACAAAAUCUUUUCCAUGUAUUGCACCAUUGUCAACAAAAGGAUCUAUUUGUGUGGGAAUUUGAGAAGAUGACCAAUUUGUGGCACAAGGAACUCAAUAUGUUGGGCUGAAACUGAAAGCCACAUGCAAAUCGACCAGGAAUGAGAUACUUCAUAGAGCUACUUGAUUUUUGUAAUAUUGGAAUCUUGAUGAAG